UACAAGACAAGAAAAAUUACAAGCCAUUGUAACCUGAUAUUGCGGAUGAAAGGAAGAGAGUGACAGAGUCAGCCCUUCUCUUUUCAAAGGUUAAUUUAAUCUCAGUCCCCAGUCUCUUCAGCCGGUGAUAACUGCCCAUUCCCCUGCUUAAUGCUCAUUAAUGGUGGAAUGAACUCUUUUUCUGUAGAACCAGAUUUUGUCGAUGAUGGUGAUUGUGGAUGCACUGAAGAACCGACUGCACAGUGUGGCUGCUGCACAAAAUUUGAUUUUGACCACAAGGAGCACACAGCCUGUAUGAACAUGACAUUUCAAGUGGAGGAGAAAGCGAUACGAUUUACGGGGACUUUAGAUGACAAGGUUCUGUUCAACGAAACUCUCUCAGCGAGAAAUCCACCUCCUUUUUGUCAAGGGGUUUGUCCACUGUCGUGCAUCUGCCUUCAGUAUUACAACAUCUCGUACGGUGAUGAGGGAAAGUGGGGAGGAUGCCUGAAGAUAUAUGCUGAUCUCAUUGUACCACUCUUUAAUCUUGACUUUGGCUGCUUCAAUCUGCCAACCCAGGAAGGCCAGGAGCAGUGGAGGGCUUCGGACAAGGAGGGCAACUCGCUGUUACACUUUGCCGGCUCUAAUAAGUCAAAGGAUCAAAUGUUGAACAAGACUCGGCAGUGGCUCCUAAAAAUGCUUGGCAAAGACACAACUAAGUCGCCACAAAAGAAAAAAAAUCCACUUGAUUUCCUUUUCAACAAUCGCGUGAUUGAAAAUUCUGAUGAGGACUAGAAUUAAAGACUUACCGAACCAAACAAGUAAAUGUCUGUGUGAUUGACAGAAUGAUAUUGUAAUCGGUAAUGACAUUCUUGGCAGUCUGCUAUACUUUACCAUUCAUUAUAAAUGUAUGUAAAGUGGAUUAGAGCAAUAAUAAAACUGAAUAAGGAAGGAAGUGAUGUGGCUCUUUGAACGAUACAGAAGAAAGGCUCCAUAUAUACACGUUAAUUUGUGUUUUCAUGAUGGCGAUGUCACAGCGGCUUAAAGUUAAUAUCUAAAUAAAAGUUGCAACCUUCAAA